UGUCAAAGCGAAUCCUAUUUUAACAUAAGCCAUUACAGUCGGAAGUGAGUGGGUUACUAUGGUGACAGGAUUUGUUUUCCUCACAGGCGUUUCUUCCAGACACAAGGAAAACAAUCACAAAUGCGCACCGGGCAUUCACUUGGAGAUCUGAUAUGAUUUGAUCUGACAUAAUGUGCUGACAUUUUUUUGUGGUCUCGAGCUUAAUAGGGCGUCACUUUCACGCCCAUUAGUGGUUAACGCUGACAUUGGACGAACUAUGGGAAAGAAAACCAGCGACGAAGAUGCCUCACUUGCAGAAUCUUUUAUAGAUUUCCAAAUUCAAGUGAAAAGAAAGGAAAUUGAGGAAUUCAAGGAGGAUGUCGCACAGCUUGAGAGCGAAAAACAAAAACUUCUCGAACUGAGGGACCAGUUGCGAGAGGAGCAAAAGGGCCACAUCACAGUGCUGCGUAAACAAGCCAAAGAGCAGGAGCGGAAGCUCGAACAGAGAGGCGAGGUGAACAAGGAACAGGUUGAGGAUGCUCUCCAUCAGAACCUGGAGUUGAGUCGCAAUAAAGAAAAGGAGCUUGCAGAAUUAAACCAGGGCCUGAAGUGUCUUGUGGAGCAGGUGGUGGCAUUGCAAGCCGAGAGGGAAAUAUGGCUGCAGUAUAAACAUGUGGGCAGACACAAAGAUAAAGAGCGGACUGAUCACCUAAAGGAGGAACUUGCUGGAUUACAAAAGAACUUUGAGGAGAUGGCAGAAAAUAUUAAUCGAUCCUUAGAAGUGACAUUCAAUGAAAUUGAUAAGAAAAAAGUUCAGUUGAUGGAUGACAAAAAACAGCUUGCCUCAGAGAGAGCAAUCAAGCUUCUCGACAAGAACACUCGUCAGGAGAUCAAAGAGAAUGGAUGGCUUAAGAAAGAGGUCGCUGUAUACAAAAUGGAAGUUUCCAUUAUGGAAGAAGCUGUACAGAAGCUAGAAGAAGAGAACUUGAAGCUCACAAGUGACCUGUUUACACAGCGCUUGGAGGACCUACAGAUAUCCAGGAAUGUGUUUCUCACUCAAGCAGCUGGACUUGGACCAAGUGAUUCUUUCACACUUGAGGAUACCUUUAUGAAAAAGGACUCAACAGUGCAGGUCCGUGGCCACAUGGCUGUCGUCCAGGCAGCAGUGGACGGCGUGGUGACCCAGGCGGAGAUCGGUGACCGCGGGUGCAGUGGCGGCUCCCCUGCAGCCGUGUCUGAAGAGGGCUGGCCACAGGACCUCAGGCCACUGCUGUAUGGCGGUCAGAUACACUUGAAAGAGACCAUGCACCUGGGCUCUCUGGAACAGAAACUGCUGAGUGUGGUGGGCCAGACCAUGCCCCUGCACACAGCCUCGCCUGAUACCCACUGCUCGGGCGGCGACGACUGGCCAGUCACUGUUCACAUCAUCCGGAACAGGUUCCAAUAGUUUCGGGCUCGCUAGCUACUGCACAAAUGAAAAGGCCUUUUAAACAUAUGUUACAAAACCCCACACAUUUUAGGAGUUCUCACUUAACUGGUGAAAUUAUUGAGAAGUAUGUCUACACAUGACUUUAAACAUAGCUAUGUAUAAUAAACAUCUGCAAGGGAUUACAUUUAUACCAUUAACUAUUUCUAAGCGCUUCGUAAACUAUACACUGUUUUUGUAACUAGUUUUGAAUGCUGAUACACAAAUGAAUGCAAUGCACACACGGUCGUCGUGGAAGCUGCGCUUUAUUUGAAAAUCAACCAAAUUUUGCUUACAUACAUUUUUAAUAUAUAACCAAAAAUAGAAUCUGCAGGGACACGGUAGCAAAUGUGCUAAUCAAUGAAUAGAAUGACCUCCAUAUUCUGACCAUCCUUCACAUUAUCCCCCCCACCUCCCCGAAACAAGACAGGGUCGAUUUUAUAUA